UAUAUAGCAUAUACAAAUUUCAACAUUCAAACAACCUAGGUUGCAGGUUUAAUACAGAAGAAGGCAUGGUGUGUUACUAUAUUUUUGCUCAUGUUCAUUAGAAAUCAUUCAAACUCAUUAUGUGAUGCCAUAAUUGUUGAAUAGAUAUUUUCUUGAUCUGCAUUUGAAAAUGCAUCUAUUUACAUAUGCCCAUUGAAUUAUUAGAUUGCAUAAAUAAUAGAGAACUUUCUCUUUCAUUACUUAAUGUCAAGUUUUAGUUUCUUAUCAGUGCAGUAUUAAUAAAUCUUUUUGUUGAUCAGGGUGGUGGUUAUCCUUUAUUUAUGUUUUCAAUGUUGGGCACUUCACCGUUAGCAAUCCAAAGAAGUAAUUGGACGGGAUUUGAUUCAAAUUCAAAUUUAAAAAGGAUUUUGUUUCGGGAUUUUCCAGAAGAGAAUACGAGAGAGAGAGUUGCCAGUUCUGAUAGGGGGAGUAGUUGGCACCAGACUUUCUCUUUCGAUGCCGCAGAGAAGAGAAAAAGAAAAGGUCGGUGAAGAAAUAAAGCACGACGGAAGAAGGAGAAGAGGGUGGCGAUGACAAUGACAGUCACAGAGAAGGAUGCUAUAUCGACAGAGAAAAGAAGAUGAAUGAGGUGACGGCGGUGAUGGAGGAUAUCGCGCUGUUGGAUCCAUAGAACUGCCUCUACUGCAAAACGCCAUCGCAGCCGUUCGUUCGCCGGUGGAUGCUGCGAAUGAAAGAUGAUCUAACAGAAACUUAUCAUAAUGCAAACUGUUUGGUUAUAGCUGCCUCUGAAGUAGAAAGUCGUUCGAGAGAGGGAGCUUCCAACCAGGCAUAUGCUACUCUGUUGUAUGUCAUCUUCAAAGAUGUAUUUGACAAGUGUAUAGGCUAAUUAAUCAACAAACCUCUGGAGUUCUAGGCAGUUUACAAUUGGCAAAGGUGGUUGAAAUGGAUUAGCAUGGUAUGUUGUUGAAACUAAAAAAGUUAACAUUGUUAAGUAUGAGCUGGACAAGGUAAGUUGACUUUUAAAGGUGUGGUUCACAUAUUUCAUUUCAGAAAAAGUAUCAAUUCCAUUGGCUUUUAUAUUUUUUAAAAUUCAUUUUUAAUGUCAUAUAGGUAUUCUGUUUAGAUAGAGGGAGACUAUGAAAAAUAUCAUCAACAAGCAUUGAAUUUUUAUCUCUUAGUGACAUAAUGGUGGUCAUCUGAUACAAAUGAAUGUGCCUUCAAGAAUUAGCAGGCAGAGAAGAAAGACUAUCUGCCUGUGAGGAUCUUGGAGCUGAUGUUGUUGUCAAUUAUAAGACAGAAGACUCUGUUGCACGAUUAAAAGAAGAAACAAGAGCGAAAGGUGUUGAUGUCAUUAUGGAUCAAAUUGUGGGAUUGUACCUUCAGCGAAACCUAAACAAUAGAAGUAUUGAUAAAAGGCUUUUCCUCAUAGGUGGUGCUAUAGUAAAAGUAAAUCUAAACACUCAGCACCGUCACCGGAGUAAACGCAAAAACUUUGCACGCAAUGCAAACAGAGGAACCGCCGUUAGAGACUUUUCAUCUGUUUCCGAAAACCGAGGCUUGAUCCCUUCGCAGUUACUUAGCAAAGAUAGCUGUCGUGGCUUAUGGCCGUCACCGGGGAAGCAAUCAGCGAUUGGACUCAUCACCGUCGAGCAGCAGAGAUGAAGAAUAACAAUCCAGAAGUGAUGAUGGCUGUUGAUGCAGCAGCGAGGAGAAAGAACAGCGGCAGGGGCGAGUGGUGUUCCUGCCAACAGUGAAGAAGUUGUAGCUAGAAGCAAGUUGGUGACACGGUGAAGAGAACGAGAGCUCUGAGA